CCAACCUCCAUCUCCUAUUUGCUUCCUCUCCUCUUCACCAUCUUGGUGUUAUCGAGCUUCGCAUCGCGCGGCGCCUUGUGAUUUGGGGUGGCAGGCUGCCACAUUAGAGCUCUGUCAUUGAGCAUUCUUACUGCUUUGUUACUCGCAGUACCUUGUGUCUCUCUCCUUUUGGCUCUCUCUCUCGAACGUCAUUGAGACCAGACCCGCCACGCCAGCCACUCUUGCGACAACUCCAUCCGCCAACCCCCGUCCACCCGUCCACCCAUCGUCCCUCGGACGACGUCGACGCCGACGGCAUGUACUCCCAAUCCAAUUCCUUCCUCGGCGGAGGCAAUAGUUUCCGCCCGGGAUCGCAACCUCAACAACAAUAUGGAAACUCCUUUGGCCAGCCGGGCCAGCAGCCCGGACAGCAGCCGAGUCCGUUCGCUCCUCAGCCCACCGGCUACGGUCAACCCCAGGCCCCCCUCCAACAGCAGUACACCGGAUACCCGGGCCUGCAGCAACCCCAGCCUCAAGCUCCCGGCCAGCUUCAGCCACAGUUCACCGGCUUCCCCGGCCAGGCUGCUCCUCAGCAGCAGCCUUUCCAGACCGGCGCUCCGCCCAUGCCUGCUAUCCCACAGCAGUUUCAACAGCAAUUUCAGCAGCAGCAGCAGCAGCAGCAACCCCAGAGCUCUUUCAAUGCCACUCCGACUCAGGUCCCCCAGCAGCCACCUGCCUCUCAGCAGGGGCCGCCGACCCCGAUGAAGCCCCAGGCGACCGGGUUCAGCCAGAUGGCAGCGUCCUUCCGCACCGGAGGCGCCCCGGCCCCGGCUGCGAGCAGCGCCCCGGCGCCCAAGUCGAACAAGAUCCCCAACAUCCGGCUGGGCUUCAUCACGGCGGCCGAUCAAGUCAAGUUCGAGACGCUGUUCAAGUCGGCGGUGGGCGACAAUGACACUACCAUGUCGGGCGAGAAGGCAAGGGACCUGCUGAUGCGUUCAAGGCUGGACGGAGACGCUCUGUCACACAUUUGGACUCUGGCAGAUACCACCCGCUCCGGACAGCUACACUUUCCCGAAUUCGCCUUGGCUAUGUACCUCUGCAACCUGAAAAUGACAGGCCGACAGCUUCCUCCACAGCUUCCCGAUGUUAUCAAGAAUGAAGUAUCUAGUAUGGUCGACAUUAUUAACUUCAACACUGCGGAGGAGGCGGCCAACGGCCCAACUCGACAGAGUACUGCGACGCCGCCCACGAUCCAGGCGCCGCAGCCACAAGCGUCCAAUUCCCAGCUGCUCCAGGCUCAGAUGACCGGCUUCCCUCAGCAGCAGCAGCCUCAACAGACUGGCUUCCCUGGCCAGCAACAACAGCCUCAGCAGACCGGAUUCAUGGCACAGCCCACAGGUCUCCAGCCCCAGCAGACCGGCUUUCCUGGUGCUCCUCAGGCCACGGGCUACAACGGGCCGCGGCCCCCCAUGCCCCCCAUGCCCACCGGAUAUGGCUCGAACUCUACACCCGGCGGUAUGGCAGCGCCUCUGAACGCACAGCCCACGGGCAUGCCCGGUCAAUGGGGUCUUGUGAAUGCUCCAGCUUCUGGCCUUCCCAACAUUGAUGCCCUGCAAGCCAGGAUGAUGCCACAGCAAGGUCGUGAGCAGCAGAACUUCACGACUGCGGGCCUGCAAGGCAAUGCAGUGAUCCCAUGGGCCAUCACCAAGGAAGAAAAGAAAAGAUACGACCAACUGUUUAACGCAUGGGACGGACUCCACAAGGGCUUCAUUGGUGGUGACGCAGCUAUUGAGAUCUUUGGCCAGAGCGGUCUUGAAAAGCCUGACCUGGAGCGUGUCUGGACCCUCGCUGACCACGGUAACAAGGGCAGGCUGAACCUGGACGAGUUCGCCGUUGCUAUGCAUUUGAUUUACCGCAAACUGAACGGUUACCCUCUACCGAACCAGCUACCUCCGGAGCUGGUGCCGCCUUCUACAAGGAAUUUUAGCCAGUCUAUAGGCACGCUCAAGAACAUGUUGAAUGACGAAUCUGAGCUCCGAAAGAACUCCGGUGCUGCACUGCUCCCGCAAAAGACGGGUGUUAGCUAUCUCAAAACUCACUCCUUCCGUGGUGCCGGUGGUGGUCUUGGUGGCGGACGCAAGGAUGCCACCGUUUUCAAGAACAAUGAUGAGGCCAUUGGCUAUCGAUCCAGCGCUCGCCGUAGGAUGGGAGGCGGCUCAUCUCCUAGACCAGACUCGCCCGCAUCUGUGGGUUCAAAUGAGGAGCUGACGCUGGAUCAGCUUCGCAAGAAGAUUCGAGAGAAGCAGGUCGUUCUUGAUUCAUUGGACUUCAAGGACGAGAAGAAUAUGGAAGAGGACGAUGUUUUGGAUCGUCGGGACCGCCGCGAAGCUGACGAGCUGUACCGUCGCAUCCGCCGGGCGCAAGAAGACAUCGAUGCCCACCCCGACGCCCAAGCGACCGGCGGUGACUCGGAAGCGGAGAGGCGGGCGCUCAAGCGACAACUCCAGAAUUUCACUGACAAGAUCCCCGACCUCGCAUCCCAGGUCAGGAAGACCGAGAAGGCCAUUGCCGACGCCCGUCUCGAGUUGUUCCGCUUGAAAGACGCCAAAGCGCACCCAGGCAGUGCUAGCAAUAUAGUGGGCACCGGCCCGGGAGGUGCCAUCACCGAGUCUGACAGACUCAAAGCCCGGGCCAAGGCCAUGAUGCAGCAACGCACGGCAGCGCUCACGGGCAGGAAGGUCGAGACCAGUCUUGAUGACGGGGAUGCAUCCAAGCGCCUCGAGGAGGAGAACCUCAAGAUCCGUACUGAGAAAGAGAACAACGAGCGCAUGGUUCGUGAUGUCGAAGAUAGUGUCCGCGAAUUCGCGAGAGGACUCGAAGACGCGCUCAAGGAAGGUGCACCAUCUGCUUCGAACGAGCACGAAAAGCGAAGAUGGGAGGACGCCCUCGGGGUGGAGGAUGAGGUCAGGGAUUUCAUCUUCGACCUGCAACGAGAGAGCAGAGCAGCACGCGUGCGUAACCAGGACCGGCGCAGGGAAACGCCCGCUUCUGCUCAGCCCGCCCGUGCCGCCGAGCCGGCAGCUCCUGCGGAAAGCCCAGCUCCCAGCUCUCGCAACGCUACACCGACUGCUGGAGGGUCGUACUCGGCCUACAAGACCCCAGAGGAGCGGGCAGCCUUCAUCAGACAGCAAGCUGAGCAACGUAUGGCCGAGCGUCUUGCAGCGCUCGGGAUCAAAGCCCCCUCGAAGCCUGGUGAGACCGCCGCCCAGCGGAUGGAGCGUGAGCGUGCCGAACGGGCCGCGAAGCUUCGCCAAGCUGAGGAGGAGGACGCCCGCCGAGAUGCGGAGCGUCAGGCUCGCCUCGAUCAGGAGAUGGGAGUGCCGACCCCUCAGUCUCAGGGCAAGAAGGCCCCACCAGCGCCUCCAAGCAGGAAGGCUGCGCCGAAGCAGGAUGACGGUGCCGCGAGGCGGGCGGAGGAGGAGCGUCUCGAACAGGAACGCCAGCAGGAAAGCCAGGAGAGGCAAGAGCUCGAACAACAAGCAGCGGAACAAGAAGACGAGCUUGCUCGGGAGCGUGCAGAGGCCGAUGCCCGCCUCAAAGCUCUGGAGGAGCAAGUCCGCCAAGGCAAGCUCAAGAAGGACGAAGAGAAGCGCAAGAAGAAGGCUGCUCUUGCCGAGGCCAAGGAGAAGGAGGCCCAGCUGGCUGCAAGACGUGCUGAGAUCGAGGCGGCCCGGAAGCGCGAAGAAGAACUUCAGCGACAACUCCAGGCCAUGGACGACGACGACAGUUCUUCUGACGACGAUGACCAGCCUCAGCAAAUCACGCCACAGGAGUCGACUCCCACCGUUGCCAGCCAAGAGCUGGAGCCCAAGGCCACGCCGCCCAGCGUACCUGCUGUUCCUGUGGUCAGCCCUCCCACGGACUCUUCAGAGAGCCGCAACCCAUUCUUCAAGAUGAUGACCCAGCCGUCUGAUUCACCUGCGGCAUCUCCUGCCGCCCCGCCGCCCGCGCCGCCUCAGCCAGCGGCCCCAGCUGCACCUGCGGAGUCGACCAACCCGUUCCACCGUAUGACCCAGGAGGCCAAGUCUGCCGGCCCCGCUGAGCCGCCCAAGCCCUUUGUUCGCACACGCGCCGAUAGCGACGACUGGGGAAGCGACAAUGACAAGGACGACGACGACUCGGACGAUGACGAUAGGCCAGGCCAGGGAGCUGCAGCGCUGGCGUCGAUCCUGUUCGGCACCAUGGGCCCUCCUCGGCCGCUGUCUGCCAUGGAUAACAAGGCUUCACCGGCCCAAAGCUCUCCGAUCGCUCCCCCACCUCCUGCUCCUCCAGCCCCGGAGCCGGCGCCCGAGACGACCGAUUCGCCCGCACCAGCCGCGCCGCCACCACCGCCUCCUCCAAUGCCUGAGGUCGCAAGUCCCGAGCCGAGCGGAGCGCCCGCCGCGCCUCCACCACCUCCGCCCCCGAUGCCAACGGAAGGUGGCGCUCCCCCGCCGCCGCCUGGACCUCCGCCACCCCCUGGACCGCCGCCGCCUCCUAUCCCAGGGAUGGCACCCCCUCCUCCACCCCCACCCCCAGCCGGUGGUCCUCCGGCGCCGGCACCCCCCUCAGGUGGGCGACCAGCUGGGUUCCUGGGCGAAAUCCAGGCGGGCAGGGCCUUGAAGAAGACCACUACUAAGGAUAAGAGUGCUGCGGCUGUUGCUGGACGGGUGCUGGAUUAGAAGUGUGAUUUGGAGCCACCCAGAAGCCGGGGGAGGAAGAAGAAGAAGAGGGUGACAUUCAAGAGCUCAGAGUAUGAUGGGGAAGUUGUUGAUGUUGAGGAUUACCUCGACUGUGUCCGUGAGGCGAGAAGGCUGUCUGGGGAUAGCGAAUCGAUCGUUGACGUUGGGAAGUAUCUGGCUUGUGUUAAUGAUGCGCGGGACUUGGUGGACGAUUGGUAUGAGGAGGUCCAGGAUGGGGCUUAGGCAGAGAGACGGUGCCUAUCUAGAGAGAAGGUGUCUAUCAUCGACAGGUGAGACUCUCGCGUGUCCCUGGUUGGAUUCUGGAGCAAGCAUGAGAUCGAGAAAGACGGAUGAGGGACGCAGCAAUAGAGGAAGAAUUGGGGCAGGACGAGGGGACCAGACUGUCGUUUCUGCUUUUAAUGUGUUUUUUACUGUUGUUUCUGCUGUCCUCAUUGCUGUCCUGCAUCUUGUGUAUACUAUAGCAUCGAUUCAUGAAGCCUCAGCAAGUUUACGUGCA